CAGAUUAGAUAACAUUAUUCGACGUCCAAUUGACGCGACCCCGGUUUUCGGAACGUUCUUCAUCCGUUGUUGUCCGUUUGUCCUCGUCCGUUCUGCACGAGUGCUACACAUGUUACUACAGAUGCACGUUUAGGAAAAAAAAAAAAAAAAAAUCAAUCAUCAGUUAUUUAUAUGAUCUCUAGCGGUAAUUUGUCGAAACUUUGUCUUCGUCGCUUAUCAACUGGUACUAUCCGUAUGGCAGAUUUUAGUGUUGCACGUAAGUUUUUGUAAACAUUUAAAAUUAUUUUUUCUCGUACAUUAUGCUUUAAUCGUUUAGAAAAAUUUGAAAUACAGUUUCCAAACACCUUUGUUUGUACAUAAUAUAAGCCUACCUUAGUGUUUGCAACGGUCAUGUUGUCGAAAUCAAUAUCGUCAUUUUUCUUUGUUAGGAAAUUAAAUACGAAAAUAACGAAGAUGAUGUCCACAUGCAUUGACACACUGUCACCGGAAGGCCGUCAGGACUUCUUCAACUCGUUUGACACUGUACUGACCGACUGCGAUGGAGUGCUUUGGCUCAUGAACAACGCUAUACCCGGUGCGACACAAGUUAUGAAUGGUUUCAAGAAAAAUGACAAAAAAGUAUUUUUCGUAACCAACAACAGUACCAAAACGCAAGUACAGUUUUUGGAGAAGUUUGAUUCACUCGGAUUUCAAGCAUCUCCGAAUGAAAUAAUCAGUACUAGUUUUUUGGCUGCUAAAUACUUGAAAGCCAAUCUCGAUCCAUCCAAACGAGUAUACAUAAUCGGAUCGCCAGCUAUAGCCUGUGAAUUGAACAUGUUAGACGUGAAAAAUUUUGGAGUUGGUCAGGACUAUUUAAAAACUUCCGUACCAGAGUUUGUGGAAAACAUGAAGCUAGAACCUGAUGUAGGUGCCGUUUUAGUAGGUUUCGACGAACAUCUUAGUUACCCAAAGUUAUUUAAAGCAGCAUCAUACUUAAAGGACCAAGAUGUUUUAUUCGUGGCAACUAAUACCGACGAGAGUUUUCCUUUAGCCGGUACAGAUCUAGUAAUGCCCGGUACAGGCAGUAUAGUAUGUGCUGUAAAAACAUGUGCUGGACGAGAACCGUUUGUGCUUGGUAAACCGUCUUGUUUCAUUUGUAAUGUUUUAACGGAAACCCAUAAGAUCGAUCCUUCCAGAACUCUAAUGAUUGGUGACCGUUGCAACACUGACAUAUUAUUGGGUAAACGCUGUGGGUUUAAAACAUUGUUGGUACUGACCGGUGUGAAUAGUUUGAAAGAUGUGGAAGAAUGGAACAAAUCAGAUGAUCCUACUUUACAAGAGUUAGUUCCUGAUUAUUAUGCCGAGAGUAUUGAUAGUCUAAGAACAACAUUUCCAGUGCCAUUGUGAUUAAUAAUUAUUGACAAUUUUUCUUGAUCUUUUGAACUGUAUUAAAGUAAUCCAUUUUGCCUAGACAAUUUCAUUACGGUGUAAGACGUACUGUCAUUUAUUUUUUUAGGAAAUCGUUAGACAUCACAUUUUUCAGAUUUUUCACACUACAACCGACUAGUUUUGCUGCACAGUAAUUAAAAAUUAUUUUUCAUGGUUGAAUUUUUUAGGUAAACCUAAUAUUAUGUACUUUUGCCUUACUUUUACUUUCUAGAAUGCAGUAAGUUAUUUUUUUGGGAAAACAUUAAAUACUAACAAAAAAAAAAAAAAUAUUAAAAUAUCCACCUAUUUUAGGUAGUACAAUAAUAAUUUUGUUUUUCCUUCUAAAAUAAUAUAUAAAAUUUAUUUUUUAUGUCAAUUAAAUAUUUUAAUAAAUGAUUUAAUCAAAUCAUAGAUGAGUAUACUUGACCAAAUGAUUGAAUGAUGAACUUAUUUUAUACAAUUGAUUAUAAUUAGUCAAAUUAUUUGAUUGUUAACCAUUAAGUAACUAAUUAAUUAUUAUAGACAUUUUUAUAUUUUUAAAUAAUAUUUAAUUUAUUGUUUAUUUUUGCUAACCAUAUGUUUGAUAUUAUAAUAGAAUUGCUUACAAACCAUUUAAAUGUUAUUCAGUUUUUAACCCAAUCAUACAAUUAAAACUAUAUUAUUAUUAUAAGUGUAUAAUGUUUAUAGAUCCCUAAUUAUUAUGAUUUAAAAAGAGACCUAGUAUGUUACCUAGAGGGUAAACCGCUAACUGAAAUCAGUGUACAAAUUUUUGGUAAUCUUGCAGGAAAUCUUAUAGAAAAUUACCGUAUUGUGUAAUCUGGUGUACACACUAUUGAUCAUUGCUUAAUCCUAUAAUAUUACCAUACGACAGUUGCUAUAUUUUACGAAUUUACAAUUACAAAAAUAAAAUACAAUAUGCAGGUUUCUAAAAGUGAUUUAUUAUUUUUAUAGUUUUCUAAUAUUGAAAGGCAUUAAUCUGAGUAUAAUAAUUUUUCUUGUCAAGUAUCUUUUGAUUGUCAUUCUAAGACUAACAUUAUACUAUUAAUGUCUCAUCUUAAUUAAGUUAUAGCCAUGACUAGAUUUUCAAAUUAUACUUGUUUAAAUGAAUCAAAUAUUGCUUUUAUUAGAUAAAAUUAAUAGGCAAGUUUAUAGUAGAAAUAGCUUAUUCUCUAUCUCAAUUCGAUUAAAUGCAAACAAUAAAAAGUUAAAAUGUAAUACCAUAAAUUAAGAUUUCUACAAUCAAGGUUACAUUUAUUGUGUAAUUAAUACAUAUAGUAUUAUAUAUUUUAUGGUUAUUGCCUGCUAUCUAUAAACUGAUCUCUAGUAAACUAGUCACUUCAAAUAAAAUAACACAGGUCUCUCUAACAUUGGGUUUAAAUUAUUGCAAUAAAUAGAGUGGUAAUAUUUUUAAAAUAAAUAUUACAGUGUGUAAUUACAGUAGCUAAUGAUUGCUGAUUAAGCUAAGUGUUCAAAUAGUCUUCUGUACCAUUACGAGGGAAACGUUAAGAGGACAUUUUAAUUUUAUUUUCUUUUGUAGUCCAACUAACGGGGAACAUCAGAAAAUUAGUUCCCCAUUAUUUCAAAUAUAAUAUAUGUAUCAUACAUAGUUAAUAAAUAACAAAUAUUUUAAGAUUAUUAAACGCCAGAAAUUAUUUUACAAAACAAAAACCCUUAUUGUCUGCCAAAAUGUUUUUUUAUCAUAUAAUUUUAUAAUAGUUGCGUUAACUCUGAAACCAAAAUCAAACGAAUUCUACUAUGUCUGCAAAAUGAAGUGUAAAGAUGUAUUUGCUAUGUUGCCUGUAAGUUAAUCUGAUACAGCAAAUGAGGGUAAUAUUUUCAAAGGAAUGUUACCUAAAACUAUGGGGACAUAAUAUUCUUAAUAAAUCAUUAAAUUUUUGAUUUAAUUUGUUUUUGUUAAGUAUGCAACAAACAACCUAACUCAACUCAUUACUCAACUGUUUUUCAAAGUCAAUGUUUGUAGGUACUGACUUUUUUAUGUUAGGUAUUACAUAGAAAAAUCAUUUAAAUUGUACAUGUUUCUUUUUUCUGCGAACAACUUUUCUACCCGAAAUCUUGCUGCGAUUUACAAUUGAAGCACUUUUUCUGAAACGAAAUUUAUCUGGGUGGUACAUAUAACGUCAUAAGCGUGGUAUUUUAUCCCUAGCCAUAUUUAAUAUAAGUUAAGACAAUUAGACUAAGUUUUUUCGAUAAAUAUUUCCAUGUCAAAACUCGUUAGCUUUAAAUGCUAUAGUAACAAUCAAAUGAUUUUUAUAUACAAAAGCGAAAUAUUAUUUUUUACGUUUAUCUCCGUUAUAAUUGAAAUACGGGGUUAUUUGCCCGCGUUGCUCCCACGAAGUCGGCGCCCAUGUGAAUCAUUAUUUAUUAUUAUCUAUUACAUAUGCAAUGAGUAGUUAUUUAUCGUUUAUUACAUAUACAUGUUACGAAUUUUAUCUUAUCGCAUGAUAAACUCCGUAAUAGAAAUCAAUAAUAGCAAUUUAUUAUUAUUUUAUAUUUUUCGUUAUCAUCAUAUACCAGCAGACGUGUAUUUUGUAUACAUAUGUAUCAAUACAAAUUACAAAUUCGUAAUACCAAGCUCCGAUAACGUAUACAUUCGUUACAAUCGCGAGAGCUUUGGUCAAAUCAACUUCGUUAUAUCGAAGGGACAAAAAUACAUGUAAUUUUUCGUCAAAAUAUCACGAGAUUUUCAACGCGACCGACAGUUUCAUUUGUCGUAUCGUGCCCCGUUAUAUCGCGUGUUGACUGAUUAUUAAUUUGAAAUUCGAGCAAUAUCGAUGGACGGAUCAUUGCCGAUAAACUAAUAAUAAUUCACAAAGUAGUUUGAAAUUGGAGAUUGUCAGCGAUAUUCCCUGUAAAUAAUCGUUGGUAUCACGACUUUCGGAAUCUUCAACAAUUUCUUUUAUCCGCAAUGCUGUGUCCGGAUAUUGUUCCUUCGUCCUUGUGAUGGGGCUUAUCCAGCAAUAUAUAUUGAUUAUUUUGAAAUUCAUUUAGGCGCUGAUUUGUUUUUUUCUGGUGAGCCGAUAAAACUAAUGGGAGUCGGACGGCCGUCGUUAAACCAGUCGAUAUUAUAUUACGUACCGGCGCACGGACAACGGAAAACAAAUUUCUCCAUCAACAAUAAUUUAAUUAAUUAUAAAUAUUAGAUAAAUUAUAAUUAAUUAAACAGUUGAACCCGACAGACUUUUGUCACCAUGCCACUCCAGUUUGUAUUAAGUUAGAAGGGCAAUGAGUAUUUGGUGUACCAUGGUGCACCGUUGUGUACAACUGACAAUGCAGUAAAAGACAAGCACAUUUGGAAAUUUAUAUACAUUAUAAUAAACGAAAUUGUCGGGGACGAGUAUGGACAGCUAAUGUCACACAGUCAUUUACGAAAAUAAUGAUACCGCAUCAUGGGUAAUCAUGUGUACCAGACCAAACUACUCAGUGAAUUAUUUACAAUUAUCGACAAUGUUCUGUCUCGAUAUUGCUCGAAUUUCAAAUUAUUAAUAUCGCUGGAUUAGUCCCGGCACAAGGACAGAUGACUAUGUUGUGUUCUUUUAACUUUGAAAAAUGCCCUACUUAGGACAAUCAAACGAUUUCAAAAAUAUAUCAUUGGUGUAAUUACCGUCGACGUAAAUACACGAUGCCGUUUACCGCAAUUAUUUUAAAUAUAACUGACCAUUGCACACGCAUUGCACAUCAUGACUGCAGUAGAUUAUAAAAAGUAAUUUAUAAAUAACAGAAAAUUUCGUAUGUUUUACAGAGUGUCAUAAAGUACUAUCCUUAUGCUAAUAAUUCUGUCAUUAUUCAUUUAUUAUUACAUUUUUUUUUUUCAAUCAAGUUUCGUGCGAGGAGACAUAUAUGUAGAGAUGAAUUAAUUUUUUAUACUCAUCCCUUAAUAAUUGAAAAAAAAAAAUAACUUUAUUUUAUUUAACAUAUUUAAAAUAACCAUUUUGUAAAAGAUAUUAAAUAUAUCAAAGGUUCAUUUUGGCCGAAUAGGGACUCGCCCUUCCAACUUUUCACCUACAACCAGGCCCGUAUAAAUGCGUAAGCAUUGUAGGCUGCAGCCUACACAACCACGGACUUCGGGGCACCGCAUACUCCCCUGAUGUUAUUUUUAUUAAAAUAUCUGAAAUCGUAAAUUAAAGCCGGUAUCACAGUGCAUCGACCAUUUUGUCGUGGUGAGCUCAGUCUGACUGUUAUCAAACGUAUUUUGCUUUUAAUUUCGAGACAUAAUUAAAACGAACGUCUUAAAGUUCCCGGUGUAGCUACUUAUAUAGGAUUGUUUCCACUUUUAUCGUACGUUUAGUUAAACCGUGUUGUGGAUGAAAUUAAUCUGAAUGAUGAUUCCAAAUUUAGAAAUAAUUAUAAGUAUGUAUUAGUACAGCAGUUCCAAACUGCUUAGGUGAGAAGGCUUUUUCCGUUCUCAAAAGAGUAAAGUCCUAUUUGAGGUCAAUUAUUAACACAUUUGCCCAUCAAAAAGCAAGAAAAAAAAAAUAUAUAAAUAAUGGUUUAUGUUAAUAUUAAUUUUAGAUUCGGAGCGUAGCGAGGAAUGUAUUGGAUUUACAAUGUUUAUUUUUUUUUUCUGCGGACAACUUUUCUUCUAGCAUUUUUUCUCCGAUUUACAACGAUAGCACUUUUUCUGAAAGAAAAUCUAACUGGGGUGUGGUACUUCAAGAAGGUAAUUUUUGAUUUUCUCAGGAGUUUUCCCUAUACAUGGGAAAAACGUAGGAAAAAUGGGAAAAUAGGUGCAAUAUUAAAUAAAUAAUAUUAUCAAAGAAAAUAUAUAUUGCAUAUGUUACCAUAAUAUGGCAUAUAUAUUGUUAACAAAGUAACACUAUCAACCGAACUCCGCUCAGAAUCGUUUUUCGUUAACAAUGGUUAAUAGUUGCGUACAGAUAUACAUUCAAUUUCGCCUCUACAACUUUCCUAACUUCUCACCUAUAAAAGUGACUGCAGUCUGUUCCAAUUAUUCUAGGACAGCAUUUUAUUUAUGGUUAUUAUAUAUGUUUAAUAUUUCUAAAAAAAUUUUGCUUAAUUUUCAUGUAUUUACUUGUUUGUACAUAUAUACAUGUGCAGUAUACACAUGGAUAUAUGUAAUAUGGAUAUAAUCAAUGAACCCAAAAUAUUAUUUAUGCAGGUUGAGUAAUGAUGGAUCAUUUAUUAAAAAAUGAAAAAAAAUGUAUACACCAUAUUUUUAAAUAUUAACAAAAUAUUUUUAUAAAAGGCUAGUAAAACAGGGACACUAAACUUUUUACAGCCUACGAGCACUUUAGAUCUUAAUACGGGCCUGCUUACAACAGUGGCCCACCCGUCGUGCGAAGUAUGUCCGUCUGAACGUAUUAUAAUUAUUUGUGCGUGUGUCAUCAAUGCGAUAUAAAAAUAAAACAUCAACUAUAAUUUGAGUACUUAGAUACCGUCAAGAAAAAUACAAUUUAAUUAGCGAUAAUAAAACAACGUUAUACAACACUAUAUUGUAUCGAAAGACAUAAUGUAGGUACAUACUAAAUAAAUAAAAAAAAAAACCGUUUUAAUUGGAAUACAACAAGAAGAUUAUAGAUUAUAAAUAGUGUACUAUAAUUAUUUUUUUAAUAAUUAUUAACGUGAUAUCACAAUUUUUGUUAUACAAAACGAAAAAAAGGGGAAUGUAAAUAAAUAAGAUAUUUCUCUGUUAGAUUAUUAUUACAGGUAUUUUUUAAUUUAGAUAUUAUUCAAUAUCGGUAUUGAUAUUGAAAAUGUGCUGAUACUGAGGACGGGUGUGGUCAACCAGUUGUAAGGUGGAUAGUUGGAAAGGUGGGAUACAUAGUUAUUUAAUUUAUACAUGUAACCAACGAUGAAAGACUUAAGAUGUAAACUAUUGUUGACGAAGAAAUCAUAUCAUAAGAAAUCAAUAAAAAUAGAUCUGAUACUGGGGACGGGUGAAGCGACUGUUGUAAGUGGGAAGUUAGGAAGGUAGGAUACAUAAAUUGAUUUAAUUCAUAUUUGGAUUCAACGAUAAACCAUGGCCAACGAAAAACGAUUUGGAGCGAAGUUCGGUUAUACAUAUUUCGAAAGGCCGUACUAUUUAAUAUUCUCGUCAAAAUUUGAUUUUAACUUGUACAAAAAAAAAAAAAAAAUACUACAUUACACUCAACUUAUUUUUUUCACCACAAAAUACGGCGUAUAAUCUCUUGUCAAAUUGUCAAGUAUUUCUGUUUUGUCUAACAAUUUUGUCCACAGAGUACUUACCAAAUAAAAAUGACGUAAAAAAUUCGCAAAAUUAAAAUGCCUAUAAAUAACUCAAAAAUGGAUAACAAUUUUCAAAAAUUUACCACGUCUAGAAUAGACAAAUAUAAGUUUUCUGUCAAAAUUUCAAGUCUCUACAGAAAUAUUUAAAACUGGGUUUCGUGGAUAGAGUUAUGGUAUUUGUUUUAUUGUUGUAUUUUAUGAUCUUUUUUGGGAUAUUUAUUUUGGUAUAUUUUUAUAAACAUUAAUAUACUUAUAUAAUUGUAUUUUGUACAUUUAGGUAAGUAACCCAUUUUAUAGAAAUCUGAAAUUUAUCAAUUUUUACUUACCUUUACUUUGCUUAGAUCGGAAGUUAUACUUAACCAUUUUAUCGUCAAUUUAAAUCGCAAAAAGAAAAUAUAUAAUUUCUAUAUUAUAAUGGGUUCCUAUCUGCAUUUGUCGAUUUUUCGUUGUAUCUGACGCGCGUAAAAUCGAUUGUUUAUGUAUUGUUAUUUUACAGAGUUGAGAGUCUCGUACCGAGACAAGGGCGACUUGUUAAUCGAAAAUAGUUUGGAAUCGAAAAACCCGUUCCAAUUGUUUGACAUAUGGUUCAAAAAAGCUUCGGAACGCGAUGACGUGAGACAGCCCAACGCCGCUUGUUUGGCCACGGCUACCAAGUAAUGACUAAUAAUAAUAUUAUUCAUUUUUUUAUCCACCCUAUAUAUAUACCUACAUAGUUUUUUAUUUGAUCGAAACAAUAACACAAAAAUAAAAAAAAAAAAACAAACUAAACGUUUGUUAAAUUCCCGUUAAGACCGUUGGAGCCGGUUUACCAAAUUGUCUCCAGUUUUGUAAAAUUUCAAAAUUAUUUUCAACAAAUAAUAGGUACGGCCGUUUUUUACCGGCGUAAAUAACUUUACGGGUAAAUCUUACGCCUCGAAAAACGUUUCAAUUAUAAUGUAUAUAUUACAUAUAUACGCGUUACUGUAAAUGUCCGCAGUUGGCGAAUGUUUACAGUCACCGGUGUUCGGCAUACACCUAAAUUGGUGAAUGUUGAAAAAUUAUAAAAAAGUUAGAUAUUUACCGGUCAAUGUUGACAUACACAACGCGGUUUUGGUUAAUAUACGUAUUUGCACUUUGUGUAGACUAUAGCCUAUAAUAUUAUUAUACAAUAUAUCAAAUAGGUUCGUGUUUAAUUUAAUCAGCAAAUUAUUAUUAUUAAACAAUAUUAUAUUUGUUUCAUUAAUUUAAAUUAUGAUUAUUUUACCGUAAAAAAAUUAUUAACUGUUAAUUAUUUUAUUACUCAUUGCAACAUGACAAACUGUCAUGACAUUUUGUGUUACAUAUAAUUCCAACAUUUUUACAACCAAAUUUUUUUUUGGUGCACUUUGUUUUGCAAUUACAUCGCGUAUAUCCUUGCUUACGAAUUGAUAAAUUCGAUGCAGAAACUUGCCUUAAGGAAAUUUGUCGAUUCUUUAGUAGAUUAGCGAUUGAUAUUCAAUUUUCUUUGCAUAGGUACCGAAAAGUGAUUUCUGGCGCAUAAUCGAUUAACAAGACCAUUCUUGGUAGCUAAUUUAUAAAAAUCAUUAUCUACUAUGUAUCUAAUAUUACGGCUAAAAUGUGUUAAGAAUCUAUUUUACCACUAUCAUCAACAUCUGGAACUCGAAUACGGACUUCCUCAAAUUUGUCCGGAAGAAACUUUUGUUUUAAUUAAAACAUUUAUAAAACUAUGAACAAGUUGUUAAUUACCUAUACUAUUGUAUAGGUACUAAUUAGCAUAUCUAAUCAUGACAGAUAAAUAAUAACUAUAUUAUUAUUAAAACAAAACAAUAUCGGUAUUAUACCGUCAUUCACCAAAAUCGUUACAUAAAUAUUGACAAUUAGUAAAAAUGUAAUCAAUAUGCCAACAUUUACCAAUGACUAGUGUAAUGUCGACAUUAACCGGUGACGGUCAGCAGUUGCCAACUAAUUUUUAUAUUUUGAACAUAAUAUUUACGUAUUUCUGAAAAUGUUAUUUUAAAAUAGUUAUCAUGUUUCCUUGUUGUAUGGGUUUGUAUAGGUCUGGUAUUCCGUCGGCUAGAUUUGUUUUGCUCAAAAGUUUCGACGAAUCGGGUUUCACGUUUUAUACGAACUCAGAGAGUCGUAAAGGCCGAGAACUUGUAAGUAUAAUAUUAUAAUACAUAUUUAUAAAACGUUACAACGUCGUGUAGAGCUAAAAUAUUCCAAAACGGCAAAUACCUACAGUAAAUGUUUAUGUUUUCAUCGGGUUUUCACCUACCCAAAUUACAUUUUGAAAAUUUGGCCCGAAACGUAUUUCCAAACGUACCGGACUUCCACACGUAAGUAUAAUAUACGAGACUCGCGGUGAAAUAUUUUUAGUCGUUUAUUUCCGAUGUUCAUGCGAAUACCUAUAUCGUAUUUAAAAUAAAAAAUUAUUAUGGUUACCAAAUUGUUUAUGUGUAGGAUGAAAACCCUGUGGCGGCCAUGACGAUAUAUUGGGACGCGUUGGACAGAUCGGUAAAUAUAAACAUCGGUUAAUCAUUUGGUGUCUAAUGUACAUACGGGUAAUCAAUAUUACGUUUAUCCUCGCAUCUCUUAGAGUGGAUCGAGGAAUGUAUUGGUUUUGCAAUGAUGUUUAUUUUUAUUUUUUUUUUCUUGUGAACAACUUUUUUAAUUUUGUCCUGAUUUUCAAAUGUAGCACUUUUUCUAAAAGAAAAUCUUCUUUGGUUGGUCCUUUAAUAAAAGGUAAUAUUUUGAUUUUCAUAAUGUUUGAGAAAAAACGGGAAAAUUUACGAAAUUUAUUAUUUUUAAUUUUGAUUUUUGUUAUGGUUCAGUUAAAAAUAUUCUUAACGACUUGAAAUUUAGACAGAAAAGUCAUAUUUAUAUUUGUCUUUUCUAGACGGUAAUAUUUUCAAAAUAUUUCAGCCAUUUUUGAUUUAAUUAUAGACAUUUUAAUUUUGCGAGUUUUUUUAUGUAAUUUUUAUUCGGUAGGUACUCUGUGGAUACAAUUGUAAGACCAAAUAGAAAUGCUUGAAAAUUUAACAGGAAAUUCAUUAUAAGUCGUUCUUUGUAGUAAAAAUUACCUCAAAUUUUGAUGAGAAUAUUAAAUAUUACGGCAUUUUCAAACAUGUAUAACCGAACUCCGCUCAGAAUCGUUUUUAGUUAGCAAUGAAUUAUCGUUGCGUACAGAUACAUUAAAAUCUCCUCUAUAUCCUACUUUCCCAACUUGAUCUUCCUGUGGGUUUCCGUCCGUCCAGAUUAUUUUUUCCUUUCAUCUGUAUCAAAACCACAUUUCGAAUGCAUCAAGCGGUCUUCUACUAACUUCGUUAAUAUCAACACUAUAAUAUUAUGUACCUAUUCCUCUUUAGCUUCAUCCCAACUAUUUUGGUUUGGCCUAUAGUAUUAUGUACCUAUUGGAAAAAUUAUUGGACAUAAUUGACAUUCUAUAUAUAUACAGUGAAAUUAUAUGGUGGACAGUUAUGGAGAAAUAAAAAAUGGCCAAUAUAGGGAGUUGUCUAUUAUUCAAAUAUCCUCUGCUCAGUGGUCAUUUGCAAGAAAUUACAUAAUGUCCACUGUAGGGAGGCGCUAUAGAGAAUUGGCUAUAUGUGUACAUACACAUUAAAAUUGAUAUUAUUUAUUAUAAUUUAUAAAAUGUAUUGUAAUAUAUUAAUUAUUUGUAAAAAUAUGAUUAAUAGUUUAAUUUUAAUUUUAAUUUAUUAUAUAUAUAUAUAUAUAUAUAUAUAUAUAUUCAAAUUUAGAUAUAAAAAUGUUAAAUGUUUAUUUAUUAUUAAAAAUCUGUAAUCUUUUUUAUGUACAUUUUUUUAGCACACAACUGAUGAUCGACUAAUAACUGAACCAUUUGUCAUUUGUCGAAUAGGAAAAUCUUUAAGAUAAGAUAAAAUAUGAACGAAAUGUAUAAAAGAUAAUUAUAGUUUUUUUUAUUACUUUAACAUUUUCUAUAUGUACAUGUAUUGUGUCCAUUUAUAAGAGGUCAUUUUUAAUUUUAGUACCAUUUUUUAGUGUUCACGUCCACUAUAAGGACUAUUAAGAGGUUAUACCCGUAACUCCUAUUAUGUACAUACAUUUUGGCCGGGGAAUUUAAAAGGAUACACUAUUGGAAAGGGUCCACUAUCUAGAGGUGUCUAUUAAUAGAGGUUUCACUGUAUAUAUAUAUAACAUAAUAUGUUACUGUUAAUAUCAUUAUAUUUAUACUUAACAAAUUAUGUGCUGUUAGUUUAAUUUAAUUCUCAAGUAAAUUACGAAUAUAUAAAAUAUUACAACAUAAAAAAAAUCAUCAAAUCAGGCUAAAUACCCACACAUAAACACAGACAACGUUCUUACGUUUACGUUUGAUAAAACGUUAGACCAAUCUAUAUAAAUAUAUAUAUAUAUAUAUUUAUUGUAAUUUAAACAAGCGAAAGUCCAAUUACAAUUGUACACAGGACCUACAAUUUAAUAAUAUUUAAAUUUAAAGACUAAAAAAAAAAAAAAAAAAUUAGGUGAUUGCAGAACUAAUGUACCUAUAGAUUAAAAGAAUUUACACUAUCACAAACAAAAAUAUAAAUAAUAUAUUCUGAAAAAAAGGGGAAUUAUGGAACAUAAAGUAUGCUAAUAAAAUGGGACAUAAAAAGUAUCACAACCUGUGAUUGUAUAACUCGGGACUAAAAAAUUAAGUUUGAACAUACCGUUCAACAGUUUAAACAUAAAACAGAUGUCCUGCGUUACUCUCUAACUUGUAGAGUGUCAAGCUUUAAAUAUUAUUGGCUGAUAAGAUGAAUGUGGUUGACGUUUAAUAUUGUACUUAACACUCAAGAGCCUUAAAAAACGAUUUUAAAUCGCCUCAAGUGACUGGAUUUGAUCGUUUGAAUAAGGCGACCAACUUACUGAAUUGUAAACCAAAAUUGAUCGGAAAAUGGAACAGUAGAGCGACUUAGGAGCGAUGAAAUUUUUGAAAUUAUUACAGCUCCGAUUUAUAAAGCCCAACAAUGAUGAGGCUUUAUUUUGUAUGUAUACAUAAUUUUCAUCGAGUGAGAGAGAUUAAUCAAGAUAAACACCUAAAUCAACUCGUUAUAGCUCAACAUUAUUUUGGACAUAUAUUUUCCAAUAAAAGAAGAACGCUUUUUGGAGAAGGUAAUGAUUUUAAAUUUUGAAACAUACAAACUCAACAUAUUGGUAUCGCACCAAUGGCUAAUAUAGUCAAGGUUUUUCUGAAACAGUUUAAGAUCAUCCACACAAAGAGUUAUAUUUUUAAAUUAACAACACUUAUAUCAUUAACAUUAAUAUCGAAGAGAAGUGGAGUUAGAAUCCUCGAGGUACACCAGAAGUGAUACUGUACAUGUGUAAGAGUCAUAGUUAACAUACUCUAUAAUAUUAAAACUAACAGUACAAAAUCGAUUUUUAUGUACAAAAAGUAUAAAUAUAAUGAAUUGUUACCGAUUUUACAACAUUAACCGUACCAUAUACGAUAAUAAUAUUAUUAAAAUUAUAACGACGAAUAUGAUCGAUAAUUUUCGCGUUCCUAAUACUAUACGGCGCUCGGGUUUCUAUAUUACGCAGGUCCGGAUAGAAGGGUCCGUGGAUAAACUCGGCGAAUCCGAGUCCGCGGAGUAUUUCAACACGAGACCGAAAGCCAGUCAGAUCGGCGCGCACGUGAGCCGACAGAGUACGGUGAUAGCCGGCCGAGAAGUGCUGUCCGAACUGAACGAAAAACUCGAGGCCGAAUACGCGGAUAAACCGGUGCCUAAACCGUCGUAUUGGUGAGAGAAAACGUCGUAAAAUUUAGAUAAUAUUUGUAUUAAAUAUUUACACCGGUCGUUUUUGCAUUACCAUGUCGCAGGAACGGCUACAAAAUCGUACCGCGAACGAUGGAAUUUUGGCAAGGACAGAGCGACCGGCUACACGAUCGCUUGGUUUUCGAACGGGCCGAGCAAGCGGCCGAAAAGCAAAUCUCCGGCUGUCACCCGGGCGAAAACGGUUGGGUACUUUACCGACUGUCACCGUAACGUUUUGCCUUAUCAAAAAAUGCACUACCCAAUUUAUUUUAAAAUUAACUAUAACUUCAACAAUAAUGCAUUAUUACAACAUGAAAAUGCGUACGUCACAAAGUUUGCCAAUUUUAAAUUCCGUUUACGUGUAUAAUUUUCGUAUCGCUACACAUAGUUCAUUCAACUGCAAUGUAGGUAGGUACAUAAUUUUAUUUACAUAUUGUUUUUCUUAUUCGCAGGUUACAGUAUAGUGACACACAGGAUAUCUCAAUGUUAAUAUUAUCAUGAAAUUGUCGAGUACCUAUACUGUUAAAAUAACAAUAUAUAGAUUUCAAAUAUAAAUGUAUUAAAUAUUUAUAUUGUGCGUGUGUGUGUUGUGGUUUAUUACCUUUUGGCGUUGAGGGGAUAAGUUUCUCCUUUUUUUAUUGAGUUUUUACCAAACUCUUUGUCCUCGUGUCCUCUCAUUCAGAACUUUACGGGUAGUGCGCUCGACGCGAGGAAAUAUAAUUGUAUUGUUAUUAACUACACGUUUGUUGUAUUUAAACACGGCGAUGCGCGAUUUAUUAAAUUAAUUUUUUUGUUUACGCUGUGAAUUAUAGAUAAAAAAUAUCUACAUAUUUUUGUGAACCAUUAGACACGUCACGUGACUUUUGUAAAUAUAUUUACGAUGCCCUUUUGAUUUGUUUUAGUUUUUAUCAGCGGAUUUAUAUUGUUAUAAACUUAAUAAUCCCGUGUAAUUUCGUUGAGACAAAACAAAUUAUUGCGAAAAUUAUUUUACCGAGACCGUUUUUAUGUAACACAACAAUAUUUAUAAACAUUCAUCCUUGGAUGAUUAUAAUUAUUGUGGGUGCCAACCUA